AUGGCACAUGACGGCCGCCGUGGUACACACCACCGAACCCCCGACGUGACCACUGCCAACAACGACGAUACUGAUCCAAUAUUGCCUGUGAGCAUCAUGGCGUCGGAUGCAGCUCCGGAGGAUAGCAAACCCGGUGCGGGUGAUGUAGCGAUCUCCGAGGCCGUUCAUCAGGAGCACCACCUGGGCUUCGUCGAGGCUGUAAAGCUGUACCCUACUGCUGUGGGAUGGUCCGCUUUCGUCUCAAUAGGUGUUAUUAUGCUAGCAUUUGACCCUCAAUUGCUGGGCAAUCUAUACGCUACGCCACAGUUUCAACGAGAUUUCGGCUAUGAGUAUGAGGGAGAGUAUAUCAUUAGUGCUCCUUGGCAGACAGGCUUGUCCAUGGGCAACCCGGUCGGACAAGUAGUAGGUGCUCUAAUAUCUGCUUAUCCGAUGGAUAAGUUCGGGCGGAAGUAUACCUUCGCCGCCUGCGUCGUGCUCACCGCGAGCUUGGUCUUUAUCCAGUUCUUUGCGCGUUCCUUGGAGGUGCUUCUUGUUGGGGAGCUGCUUGGCGGUCUGGUACUGGGCUGCUACGUGGUGAUUGCACCGGCGUACGCUUCUGAAGUAUGCCCUCUGGCACUGAGAGGACAUCUUACGAGCUUCACCAACCUGUGUUUCGUCAUGGGACAGCUCCUCGCUAACGGUGUAACGGCCGGAACAUCGAAGCUUCAGGACCACUGGGCCUACAGCAUACCUUUCGCACUUCAAUGGUUUUGGGUCGCGAUUAUCCUUCCGGGAAUGCUGUUCGUUCCCGAAAGUCCUUGGUGGCUGGCUCGCAAAGGGAGGGUAGAGGAAGCAGAGCGUUCCUUGAUACGCUUGUCAUCGAAAAACGUCAAUGCGGCGGCGACCUUGGCCGUUAUCAUGGAGACAGAUCGUCUCGAGCAAGAGAUUGAAGCUGGUAGUAGCUACCUCGACUGUUUCAGAGCUGUGAAUUGGAGGCGAACCGAGAUAUCUAUCGGAGUAUACUCUACUCAAGUUCUGAGCGGCAUUUACCUGAUUAAUUACGGUACCUACUUCUUCCAACAGGCAGGUCUCGCGACGGAAGACGCAUUCUAUAUGUCCAUUGGAUUCCUCGCUGUCGGUUUUGUUGGUACAAUAGGGGCCUGGUUCUUGAUGCUGAGGUUUGGGCGGAGGACAAUUUAUCUUCAAGGUCUGGGCAUGUUGGCCAUUCUCCAAUUGAUCAUUGGCAUCCUUGACUGCGUACCUGGCAGGCCGUCCGGGGUAGCUUGGGCGGAGUCGACUCUGAUGCUGGUGUGGAACUUUGCGUACGACCUCUCGAUUGGGCCAGUCUGCUUCACGUUGCUCGGUGAAUGUUCUGCAGCUCGUGUAAGGUCAAAGACAAUUGCCGUGGCCACUGCAGCCCAGGGGAUCAUUGGCAUCGUGAUGACUGUCGCGAUUCCGUAUAUGAUAAACCCAGACGAGGCCAACAUGCAAGGUAAAUUGGGGUUCUUUUUUGGCGGAUUGGCUGCCCUUUGUUAUGUUUGGGCGUUCUUCCGCGUUCCGGAAACCAAGGGACGAACGUACGAGGAGCUGGACCUCCUCUUUUCCAAGAAUGUUCCAGCACGGAAGUUCAAAGGUUACCAGGUGGAUGGUGUGACUUCCGUGGACACAUGA